UUACUUUCUAUCGUCUGUGUUACACGGGACGUUGUAAACAGUAUAGAGUCGCAGAAAAACAAUUGGGGAUUCCGAAGGGGACAGUCGUCAGGUGCAUAACGGUUGUUCCGAGUUUUUUUUUUUCAACUUGUUAUUUCGUAUUUUGUAUUUCACUCAUUUUUGCAAUUGGCCGUAUCGAACCUGAAAGGGAUCGGGUGCCAUUCAACACUAAGAAGAAGAAGAAGAAGAAGAAGCAGAAAAACAAUUGAAGGUAACUUCAUUCUGUUGGAAAGCACAUGCUUAGCAACAUCGGCAAUAUGCAAAAAGAGCAAGACGAAGCGAAAGCUACCGAAAAGUCAAGGCUGGCAGGGUGGCCACAGGCUAUAAUGCAGAUGCAAGAGAAAAAUUUGCAGCUAUUGCAACAAGUGCAAACGCUGUUGCAGCAGCAGCAAAAGCAGCAGCAAAGCCUGUUUCAGCUGCUGCAGCAACAGCAGCAGCAGCAGCAUGGUAUGGUGCAGCUGCUACAACAGCAAUCGCAGAAGCUGCAACAAGAGCAGGAGGCACAGCAGCAGCAACAGCAGCAGCAAAUCCUGUUAGAGCUGCUGCAACAACAGCAACAGCAGCAGCAAAGUAUGUUGCAGCUGCUACAACAGCAACAACAGGAGCCGCAACCAGAGCAGGAGGCACAGCAGCAAGGCCUAAUGCAGCUGUUGCAGCAACAGCAACAGCAGCAGCAAAGCAUGUUGCAACUGCUACAACAGCAGAAACAAGAACCGCAACAGCAACAACAGGAGCCGCGGCAACAGCAGGUGGCGCAGGGACAACAAAAGCCACAGCAGGAGCAACAGGAGCAGCAACUGCAGCGGCGACUGGAAUAUAACUAUAGAAGAGGUGCUGGCCGUUCUCGUGCCCGUUGGUACGCCAGACGAGCUUUCCUAAACGCAACCUUACCACGCAACCUAAGAAAAUACUAUUCUUUAUAAUUUAAUAACAUUCUGAUGACAUAAUAAUAAAAAUAUGAUAAUAUA